UUUAGCUGGGCUAGUUUACAGGGUUGGCCACUAACUGGAGCGACGCUAGCAAGCUAGCAAGAGGGGGGUGUCAACUCUGUGUCAACCACGGUUUCUGCAGUAGCUGGCUAGCUAGUCACACUAGCAAGCCAAAACAAACCUGCGGAACAUCAGCCUUCAAGUAGCUGUAGGCCGCAAGGGCUUGGGUUUUAAGCUGCACUGCUGUUAGUGCGCUUGCUGGCUAGCUCAUUGUACAAUUUGUAGCUCAUAAACGAACGUUAGCUAACUCUGUUCUUGGAGUCGUUCACGUUAAGUUAUCAAGAGAAAGGGCUUACGACAAAAUGAAAGAAGGGAUAGAAGGCACGGAUACGUUUUUGAGCCCAGGCAAAGGGCGAGGACUAAAAGCCCUGAAACAUUUCAAAGUUGGGGACCUCGUGUUCGCAUGUCCAGCGUACGCAUACGUUUUGACAGUGAAUGAGAGAGGUGCCCACUGUGAAUUAUGCUUCACGAGACAAGAGGGCCUGUCCAAGUGUGGAAAAUGCAAACAGGCCUAUUACUGCAACGUGGACUGCCAGAAAGGCGAUUGGCCCAUGCACAAGCUGGAGUGCUCAGCCAUGUGUGCCUACGGAGAGAACUGGUGCCCCUCGGAGACAGUCAGGCUGGUGGCCAGAAUCAUCGUGAAACAGAAACUGCAGAAAGACAGGACACAGUCUGAGCGGUUGUUAACCUUGAGAGAGUUUGAGUCACACCUUGACAAGCUUGACAAUGAGAAGAACGAGAUGAAUGAAGCCGACAUCGCCGCACUCCAUCACUUUUACUCCAAAUACCUCGACUUCCCUGACAAGGCCACUCUCAAUGAGCUUUUUGCUGGGGUUAACAACAAUGGGUUCACCAUUGAGGACGAAGAGCUGUCUCACUUAGGUUCAGCAGUAUUCCCAGAUGUUGCGCUGAUGAACCACAGCUGUGACCCCAAUGUCAUUGUGACCUACAAAGGGACAACGGCAGAAGUGAGGGCAGUCCGGGACAUCAGCCCUGGAGAUGAGAUUUUCAACAGUUACAUCGACCUGCUCUAUCCCACGGAGGACCGGAAUGAGAGGCUGAUAGAUUCCUACUUCUUUGAGUGUGAUUGUCCGGAGUGUACCUCAAAAUCCAAGGAUAAGGCCAAGAUGGAGAUCCGGAAGAACCUGAGCACGCCGCCAGAGCCGGAGGAAAUUCGAGAAAUGGUGACGUACGCCAAGAAUGUCAUUGAGGAGUUCCGGAGGGCAAAGCAUUACAAAACCCCAAAUGAACUGUUGGAGAUCUGUGAAUUGAGUCUGGAGAAGAUGGGCGCUCUCUUUGCGGACACAAACGUGUACAUGCUUCACAUGAUGUACCAAUCCAUGGGAGUGUGCCUCUAUCUGCAGGACUGGGACGGAGCUAUGAAAUAUGGGGAGAAGAUCAUUAAGCCAUACAGUGUGCACUAUCCUCUUUAUUCUCUGAACACGGCCUCGAUGUACCUGAAGCUAGGUAGACUAUAUUUAGGACUGGAAAAGAAGUCACUUGGAGUCAAGGCUUUAAAGAAGGCACUGGCCAUAAUGGAAAUUGCCCAUGGCAAGGAUCACCAUUACAUAGCUGAGGUCAGGAAAGAGAUGGAGGAGCAGCAAUGAGAGGACCAUAGGAGCGCCUGACCACCAUGAUGUUUUGCACCAACAGAGCUGCAUGGCAUGCAUCUUAUACCUCUACUUCAGUCCUUACAACCAACUGAUGUCAGAACAAUCUUCAACUCUUUCUAAUAAAUGUUACACGUGGACAAUUUUGGUGGUGCACACCUGUCAGCAUCGCAAGUUACUCACCUGUGUGUCUCUUCAUCUCUGUAUCUUUUUUUGUGGAUUUGUUAAGUGUUUGAUAGAGCACCUUGUCAGAAGAAUAUUCUGCACUAAUACAACAAGGGCUUUUUCUUUCUUUUUUUUUUUUUUUUACAAAAAGGCAACAAAGCAUAAAAUUCAUCAAGUAACAAAACUGUAGUAAAUGGAUCUUUUUGUCCUUUUGCAUAUUGUAGCAACAUAUGGGAAACGCAAAACACUGGUGUGAAUCUGAACGAGACGAGAAUGUAUAUUAUUUUCAGUAUUGCCAGUUGCAAGGAUAUUGCAUGAUUUAUUUUGCACAGACCACAUGCAUAAAGUUCAAUGAAAAUUGUCUUGAUUAUCUUCUUUUUUUUUUUUUAAAUGACUCUCAAUAGAACUAGACCAGACUUUGGAAAUAACUCACUCUCUUAAGUCUCUUUUUCAUAAUGUUGUCUCUGGUUUGUUGUUCUGUUGUUAUUUCCUGACACGUGGCAUGGGCCAUACUGGAAUGCAAAAAAAAAAGAAAUAUAUAUGUACCGUUAUUGCAUCAACCUUACAAUAAUAAACUCCAAAUGCAA